AUACGUGGAGGGUGGGAACUGGGCACUAAGUCCGCCUUCUUCCUCCUCUCUCUCUCUUUCUCAUUGUUGAGGGGAGAGAAGAUCAGCAUUUCCACAGCCAUUGUAGGUUUCGAGGUUGCAUAGAGCUCCUGCAAACAGGUUCUGAAUGACUUACAUGCUGAAAGGACUGGUGCAGAAUCAGAGAUGAGAGUGUGGAAGGGCUUGGCCCUCCUUUUGCUAUAUGUGGCUCCCCUCAAUGCUUGGUUUUGGAUACCCAAUCCCCCCACUACAGAGCCCCCACAGGUGGAAAAAGAGGGUAAUACCAGUGGAAAAGCCUUGAAGGAAGAGGACAUAUCUGAAGUUGGGGCAGAGAUCCUCAAUGUUGCCAAUGGGAUUCGGACGUUUGUGGAGAACUGGGACCAGGACCCGACUGUUAAUGCAACCACAGUUGCCACAGAGACCACAGCUGGAAUCCCUACGACGCAGAGCAAUGUCAGCAUGGAGGAAUAUGGAGUGUCUUUGCUGCAGUUAAUUGGAAGCCCACCAUCCAAAGACAUCACGCGUGUAGAUGGCCCUGAUGGCAACCCUGCUUACCUGUUCGGAGAAGAAUCCAGCACUGGACAGCUUGCACGAACCCACCUGCCCAGCCACUUCUACCGGGACUUCUCCCUGAUCUUCCAGCUCAAGCCCACAUCACAAGAUGCAGGGGUCCUCUUUGCCAUCACAGACUCCGACCAGAAGCUCAUGUAUGUGGGGGUGAAGUUGUCGGCUGUUGAGGGCAGCACCAGGAAGGUUAAGUUCUACUACACUGAACCAGGUGCAGAUGAAUCAGUAGAAGUUGCCAGCUUUGCCGUGCCCUAUAAUCCUGAUGACUGGAGUCGCUUCUCCUUAGCUGUAAACCUCAACCAGGUAUCUUUCUAUGAGGAGUGUUACUCAGAACCCAAAGUGGUGACCUUUGAGCGCUCCUCAGAUGACAUAGAGCUGGACUUAGGUGCUGGAAUCUUUGUUGGACAUGGUGGAACUGCUGACCCAGACAAGUACAAGGGCAUAAUCUCAGAACUGAGAGUUGUGGGAAACCCAAGGGCAGCUGAACACCGUUGUCAUGAACCCGAAGAUGACGACGAGGAUUAUAAUUCAGGGAGUGGGAGUGGGUUGCAUCCAGAUAUAGAUAGAACUAGAGAGCCUUCCUUCAUGCUUCCACCUCUGCCCCUACCUUCGGUUUUCACAUCUGGAAAAUCCCAGUUGGACACCUAUGAUAUUAUGGAAGGAACAGGAGACAAGCAUAACCAGAGCUCAGCGGAACCCACACCUGGCACACAAGAUCCUAAAGGAGACAAGGAAAACCAGAGCUCAGUGGAACCCACACCUGGCACACAGGGUCCUGAAGGUGUCAAAGGAAUGAAGGGAGAUAGAGGAGAAAAGGGAGACCAAGGAGCCAUGGGCCCAACGGGGCCAAAGGGUGACUCUGGACCUCCAGAUAUAUCAUUUACAUCUCAGGAUGGAAUCAGUGGAGUUAAGGGUGACAAAGGAGACAAAGGAAUGAAGGGUAGUCCUGGCUCAGGUUAUCCAGGUCCUAAAGGUGAUCGUGGGCCUCCUGGUCUGCCAGGACCACCUGGUCCUCAAGGUCCAGCUGCAGAGUUGAUCAACAUCGGGGAGGGAAAAAUGGUUGAGAGGGUGGUGGGACCAGUGGGCCCACAGGGACUGCCAGGCCCUCCAGGUCCACCAGGGCCUCCUGGACCUGAGGGGGAUACAGGUGAUCCAGGAGAAGAUGGCAAAUUGGGUCCUGAAGGGCCCCGUGGCUUUCCAGGAGUACCUGGUAACCCCGGAGCUAAAGGCCAGAAGGGAGAGAAAGGUGAAGGGAAGCCAGGUCCCAGGGGCAAGACUGGGCCUCCAGGACCACCUGGACCUUCAAGCAUAGACUGGGCAACUUUUGUGGACAUGGAGGGUUCUGGAUUUCAUGAUGUGGAGAGGUGGCGGGGGCUUCGUGGUCCUCCUGGUCCACCAGGACCCCCUGGGCUUCCAGGGCCUUCAGGGCCUUCAAGGCCAAACAUCACAGGAGAAGGAAUAGGAUUUGGCCCCCCAGGGCCUCCCGGACAGGAUGGGGCCCCAGGCCAGCCUGGGCCACCUGGUCAACCUGGAAUCUCUGGUCUGCCAGGGCCACCAGGACCCCCCGGCCAGAAGGGUGACUGUGGUGAACUGGGGCUUCCUGGGGCAGUUGGGGAGAAGCAAGACUCCUCCUUUUCCUCUUUUUUCUCCUGGUUCAGUAAACCCUGGGGAACUAGUGAGGGAGCAGAGGGCACAGCAGGGCAACCAGGUGACCCUGGACAGGUAGGCCGGGCUGGGCUGCCUGGACCUAUGGGCCCUAUGGGACCACAGGGGCCUCCAGGUCUCCCUGGACCUCCUGGACCAGUCAUCAGAAUCGAUAGUAAAGAAGAGAUGUCAGAAGUUCCUCUUCAGUAUAUUCCAGGAGUAUUGGGGCCACCAGGUCCACAGGGACCACAAGGAAUUCCUGGAUUGCCGGGCAAGACAGGUUUGCCUGGAAUCCCAGGGCAGAAAGGCAGUGAAGGCCCGAGGGGACGAGAUGGAAGUCCUGGACUUGAUGGUUUCCGUGGACUAGAGGGUUCAAAAGGUGAAAGAGGGAACAAAGGCGACAAAGGUGAACCAGGACAACCUGGGGGUCCACCAGGGCCUCCAGGACCUCCUGGCCCUCCAGGAUCAGUGGUAUGUGUUUCAAGCACUGGUCCAAUGGGACCUAAAGGUGAUACGGGGCCAACAGGGCUACCAGGAACAUCCAUUAAGGGUGAGCUAGGACUUCCAGGGCCAGUGGGACCACCAGGUCCACAAGGGCCUCCGGGGCCCAAAGGAGAAAUAGGACUCCCAGGAAGGCCAGGUCGUGCGGGUGUGAAUGGGAGGAAAGGGGAAAAGGGAGAUUCAGGAGGUUUUGGGCCAGGUGGAUAUGGAUAUGGUUAUCCGGGACCUCCUGGACCGCCAGGCCCCCCUGGACCUCCUGGACCUAUAGCAUCUGUAGAUAGGGGCAGCUCCAGCUUUUACUAUGCCAAAGGAGAAAAGGGAGAACGAGGAUCCCCAGGCAUUCCUGGUUUGCCAGGUCUCACUGGCAACUUUGAUAUUUAUGCACUGAAGAAUGAACUAAGGGGUGAACAAGGCACUAAGGGAGAGAAGGGAGAACCAGGAGGUGGCUACUCCGAUCCUCGCUAUAGUGGAGGACAGGGUCAAACUGGAAGGCCAGGACCUCCGGGCCCAAGAGGAGAAUCUGUUGUUGGACCUCCAGGGCCUCCAGGACUUCCAGGAAUUGGCUAUCCUGGUCGACCAGGAAAUCCAGGUGCACCAGGACUGCCAGGACCACCAGGACCACCAGGAUCAGCAGGACCAGCAUUAGCAGGGGCAUACAGACCCUUACAAACCAUCAAUAUUCCUGGACCACCUGGACCUCCUGGUCCCCCUGGAAUUCCUGGACAAUCAUCUGGGGUGAUGGUUAUGAGAUCUUUUGACACAAUGGCUGCCAUGACUCGACAGCAUCCAGAAGGCACAUUGGUGUACGUCAUAGACAACACAGACUUCUAUAUCAGAGUGCGGGACGGUGUCCGGAAAAUCAUGCUGGGAGAAUAUACACCAUUUCCAAAACAUUUGGACAGUGAUGUAGCAGCAGUGGAGCCCCCUCCUGUGGUGCUGUACUCUCCAGAGUCUCGUGUGAUGGACCCUUCCCCCAGAGUUCCCACACUGUCUGAAGUAUCUAAGACAGCACAGCCUGAUACUGAACGCCAACCUCCGUAUGACCCACGCUACACUACUGUCCCUAAAUACUCACCACCAACUGCUCCACGAUACUCAGACCCCCGAUAUUUGGACCCACGAUACUUAGGUCCAUGGUACUCUGCUCCAACUGACACGCAUUAUCAACCUGAACUGGACGCCAGACACCAUCCCCACCAGCCUGACAGCAGAUACCCACAUCACUCAGGGUCUGAGUACCAUGUUACAUCAGUGCGCAGGCCCAGCCCAUCAGAACCCCACCGUCCUGCCCACGCACACACCUCUGGUCCUGCGUUGCACCUAAUUGCCCUCAACUUACCUAAAGAGGGUGACAUUCAGGGUAUUAAAGGAGCAGACCAUCAGUGUUUCCUCCAGGCUCAAGCUAUUGGACUCAAAGGUACAUUCAGAGCCUUCCUUUCAUCACGACUCCAGGACCUAUACAGUAUAGUGCGCAGAGGUGACCGGGAUCAGAUUCCUAUUGUUAACCUAAAAGAUGAGGAGUUAUUCAGCAGCUGGGAGUCUAUCUUCCGUGAUGAGGGGAAAAUGAGAGAAAACCUACGCAUCUACUCAUUUGAUGGCAGAGAUGUCCUCGAUGACGAUGCAUGGCCAGAAAAGAUGGUGUGGCAUGGUUCGAGCACUGCAGGACACCGGCAGACAGACAGCUACUGUGAAACAUGGCGUACCAACAACCACGCAGUUACAGGCUUGGCCUCCUCCCUCCAGGAUGGCCUCCUCCUGCAGCAGACGCCACGCAGCUGCUCCAGAUCCUCUAUUGUGCUGUGUAUUGAAAACAGCUACAUUGCCAAUUGAGGCCAUGUUUGUAUUAGAUCAGCUUUUACAGCUGCCUCAGAAGAAAAAUGGGGGGGGGAAUAAAUAGUCACUCUAGAACACAUCCAAACAGUGUUGAAAGGCAAGGUAUUCUGAUGUACACCACUUUUGAUUAAAAAAAUUGGAACAGUGAAAUUAAAACGAUUUGUAAUGUGUACUCAAACACUUUGGAUUAAAGAUGAAAUAUGAAUAUGCAGAAUAAUUUUUUUUAUCUGGAUAUUUCUGCGAAUGUGUCAAAUGGUUCAGAAUAGAAGCACAAUAUGUGAUUCACAGUCCCAUUUACUUUUACCUCAUAUUCUAAAAUGCCUGAGUAUACGGUAAAACAGAAAAAAAGUCUUUAACCUCAGUGCCUCAAUACUUAUGUAGGGUAAAUCCACCUCAAAUCACCACAUUGCAGAAAAAGUUCCCAACUUACAAUUUCAGAUCUGCUUAAUACUUUCAGGAAAUAAUGUCAUUGUGCUUAAUAUACAGAUAGAAUUUUAGGCAUGUAUGGUCAUUCUUUCUGACAUAUAAGCUUUAAAAGUGGCAUGGCCUUCUUUUUUUCCUUUAAGUGGAAAUCAAAUAAAUUUUUUCGAAAUGUCUGCAGCUGAACAAAAAAGCUGUUAAAUUCCCUUUUAAAAUGAGUGCUGCCAAAAAUGAUAUACACCAAUCAGGCAUAACAU